GAAAACUGUGUAGGCGAAGUGAAAUUCACUAUUCAAUGUUAUCAAACAAAUAAUGUGUGGAUAAUUCAAAUAAACUCUUGUAAAAAUGAUUUCUUAAAUUUUAAAAGUUUACCAAAACUAAUUCUAUUUAUUCAUGUAGUAAUUAUCAUAAUAAUAAUUGUAAUGCAAGGAUUAUCCUACUUUAUAUUCCUAUUUAUACUGGCAUUUCAUAUUUUAUUCAUUCAAACCUCCAAAAUAUCAGAUUUCAUUAAAAGCUGUCGACAGCAUAGUACACGACAAACACGACAUCUUGAUGAAGCGUCGGUGAUGCUUAUGAAUCAAAAUUCUAAACCAUGCUGUUUACCAAAGGUAUGGAGAGCGCGUUUUCGUGUACAAACAGUGAAAGGUGGCCGUUAUUUAAGUCGUCUUGAUCAUGGAGCAUUUCAUAUUAAUCAUAAUGAUGAUGGUACGGUAAACAAUGCUUUAUUAGUUGUUGGUAAACAUAUUUAUUCAACAGAUUUUUGUAGUAUUAAUAAAACGCUUAACUCUAUGAUUGUAAAUCAUUUAUGCCCAAAUGAUACAAUACGUUGUUUAAAUACACCAUUUAUUGGUGAACCAAGAUGUAUCACUGAAAAAGAUGGUUAUAUGCUGAAAAAGACAAAACGAUUACAUGAACGUGGACAAAUUAAACAAAUUUGGUAUAUUGAUAAAUUUAAUGAAAUAUUCGGGAAUGUUGAAAGACAUUUAUAUUAUGUAUUACGUCAAUCUGGAUUAUGUAAAUUAUUACGUUAUCAAAUACAAUGGGGAAAGUAUACAAUGCCAUGGAAAAAUUGUCGAUUAUUUAUAAAACGUGAACAAACUUAUAUACCGAUAAAUGGAACAUUUCAACAGCAUUUUAAUCAUUCUUUAAUGGAUGAUCUGUUAUUUUGUUAAUUCUAUAACAUGUGAAUAAUAAUGAUAGUUAAGUAUGUACAAUAUUAUUCUUACGAUCAGCAGUGAUAAUCUUGUCAAUAAGAGUUCAUUUUAUUUGAACAAAGGAGCAUUUAUACAGAAGAAAUAUCUUGGUUGGUUGAUGAAGAUUUUUAUUUUGACGUAUAAAUUAACUGGGUGUUUAUUUAUUUUUUGGAAAGCAUAUUUCAUGUAAUACAAAUUUGAAUUGACCACCUAAAAAUGGUUUGUAUUUAAACACUUUUGUAAAUUUGUCAGUUUUUUUCCUUUUCAACUUCCUUUGUAAUAAAGUAAGCGAGUGAUAUUGAGAUAUUUAUAAAUGUUCUUGAAGGUUUUCA